GUCAACCAUGAUGGGAGGGACAGAAUUGAGGAAGUUGUUGGGGGGGGGGUGAGAGGGGAACUUGUCAGAAAGACAGAAGUUGCAGGAGUUUUCCACUAUGUCAGACAGUUACCAUGAUCAGCUGCUUCAGGACACACCUUAUCUGAGAGGAGACAGAAGACUGGACACGGAGCUUCUUGAUAGACUUGUUCUGCAGCUCAACAGAAUUUACCCACAAAUUCUGACUGACAAGGAAGCGCAGAAAUUCAGAAACUUGAAAGUCCCCACUGGCAUCCGACUGGCUGAGCUCCUGACUCACUUGCAGAAGAAGGGAGAGGAAGCUUGUCACGAGUUCUACAGAGCUCUGCAGAUCCACGCUGAGGACAUCUACGUCAGCCUGCCAAGCAGAAUGAGCAAGAGAGAAACAGCAGAGCCUAAAGGAACUAACAAUCACCCAGACCUCAGAGAGAAAUUUGUUCUUAAUGACAGGGGUCCACUGUUCUUUAUCAGUUGUUUCAGUGUUGCUGUUGGUGCAGCAUUUCUCUACUAUUAUGGUGCAGAGAGUAAAGUUCUUGGAGAUGCCAAAAAGAUUUUGGGAUUUACUGCCCUAGGACUGGGCAGACGAGCUAAAGAAGUAUUAGUAUCUUACGCCAAGGACAACAGCUCACGCCAGUAACACUCGCAGUGCUCAUGUGCUUGAUAUCAAUCAGUGGAAGCUGUAGUGUUGCUCUCAUUGAGUCUGCCAUUCUCAGGCCAACACUAAAGAAAAUACGCUUUCUUUAUUGAACAAGAUGCAGUAGGACUCUAGUUGCUGUUUUUAUGCAUGUAUAUAAUAUAUAAUGUAUAUAUUUAUUUUACUGGUGCGUUUUAAUCCCAGGAGCCUUUUAUAAUACAUUUGCUAUAAUACAAUUGCUAUAAUAUUUAAAGUUGGACAUUGUUUUAUGCAGGCUUAACGUUUCUAUACUCUUCAUAAGAGUAUGCAGAGUGUGUCUCUUUUAUAUUUUUAUCACCUGAUCAUCAAGAUCUGCAUUUUCUGAACUGUUCUGCAGGAGCAGAAUUUUCUACUUUAGAAUGGAACAAGGUUUAGUUUACUUAGUGUGUACAAUUUGCACGCGAUUUGAAACACAUUUCUUUUCUAAUUCUAUAAGAACAAGCAAUUCAUUUUAGUAAAUGGUUGAACAAUCUUUGUUCCUGUUCCACAGCUUUGUAAAGACUGUAUAUUCCUAUCAAGAAAAUGACUUCAGACAUGUUACUCAGGGCAUGCACAAGGUACAUGU